AAAAAAAGUUCUAUGGUAAUUAUUAUUAACUAACAGCUUUCUUAUUUCAUAUUAAUUACUCUGCAAGACACUUCCAGCGUGGUUCCCCCAUCUGACACUCAUUCACCUAGUUGAUUUUUUGUUGUUGUUCUAUAACAUUCUUUCAUUCAUGCACGAAUUCAUUUUACAAGUAUGUAUUCAUUGACUUAACUACGAGUGUGAAAGAAGACACAAAAGAAAUAUACACAUCUGCCUCACCUCCCUUGGAGUUUGUCUUCUCCCGUGUGCUCGUGUUUUCCAGUUCAGAUCAAAAGCAUCAUGAGCUAGGGGACCAUGUUUGAUGCCUGGACAGCCCUAGCACCCAACGCUGAGGAUUGGAGACACUGCUAGGUACCCGGGCUGGAAGACUGGGUUCUGGUUCUUGUUUUGCCACUUACAGGCUGGGUAACAGGGAGCAAUCCUGUUGUCCUCAAUAGGUGUGUUUCCUCACCUGAAAGUGUACACAAUCCAUCCAUGACUGAUGUGACGAUUACAGGUCUACACAAUGCGCAUGUGGAUUUGUCUUGCAAACGUCCACGACCAGGCCCUCAAGAAACAGUGCCGCGCAUGCCCACCAAGGGGCAGCAGAUCGCAGUGCAGAGGCCCGCGGCGCUUGACGUCAGGGCGCACGUCCCACCCCGUGACCGUGACUGUGACCGUGACCAAGAGCGUCUCUGGGACACGGCCGGGCGGCGCGGCGGGAGUGCACAGGACCCGUCAUGGCGGCCGAAGCCUCGGAGAGCGAGCCGGCUCUGCAGGAGCUCAUGCGCGAGGCGGAGAUCAGCCUGCUGGAGUGCAAGGUGUGCUUUGAGAAGUUUGGCCACCGGCAGCAGCGGCGCCCGCGCAACCUGUCCUGCGGCCACGUGGUCUGCCUGGCCUGCGUGGCCGCCCUGGCGCACCCGCGCACGCUGGCCCUCGAGUGCCCAUUCUGCAGACGAGCCUGCCGGGGCUGCGACACCAGCGACUGCCUGCCGGUGCUGCACCUCAUAGAGCUCCUGGGCUCAGCGCUUCGCCAGUCCCCGGCCGCCCACCGCGCCGCCCCCAGCGCCCCCGGAGCCCUCACCUGCCACCAUACCUUUGGCGGCUGGGGGACCCUGGUCAACCCCACCGGACUGGCGCUUUGUCCCAAGACGGGGCGGGUCGUGGUGGUGCACGACGGCAGGAGGCGUGUCAAGAUUUUUGACUCUGGGGGAGGAUGCGCGCAUCAGUUUGGAGCGAAGGGGGACGCUUCCCAAGACAUUAGGUAUCCUGUGGAUGUCACCAUCACCAACGACUGCCAUGUGGUUGUCACUGACGCCGGCGAUCGCUCCAUCAAAGUGUUUGAUUUUUUUGGCCAGAUCAAGCUUGUCAUUGGAGGCCAAUUCUCCUUACCUUGGGGUGUGGAGACCACCCCUCAGAAUGGGAUUGUGGUAACUGACGCGGAGGCAGGGUCCCUGCACCUCCUGGACGUCGACUUCGCGGAAGGGGUCCUUCGGAGAACUGAAAAGUUGCAAGCUCAUCUGUGCAGUCCCCGAGGGGUGGCAGUGUCUUGGCUCACGGGGGCCAUUGCAGUCCUGGAGCACCCCCUGGCCCUGGGGACUGGGGUUUGCAGCACCAGGGUGAAAGUGUUUAGCUCAAGUAUGCAACUUGUCGGCCAGGUGGAUACCUUUGGGUUGAGCCUCUAUUUUCCCUCCAAAAUAACUGCCUCCGCUGUGACCUUUGAUCACCAGGGAAAUGUAAUUGUUGCAGAUACCUCUGGUCCUGCUAUCUUUUGCUUAGGAAAACCUGAGGAGUUUCCAGUACUGAAGCCCAUGGUCACUCAUGGUCUUUCCCAUCCUGUGGCUCUUACCUUCACCAAGGAGAAUUCUCUUCUUGUGCUCGACACAGCAUCUCAUUCUAUAAAAGUCUAUAAAGUUGACUGGGGGUGAUGGGCUGGGGUGGGGCCCUGGAAUCAGAAGCACUAGUGCUGCCAUUAAUGAAUUGUUUAACCCUGGAUAAGUCACUUAAACUCAUCUAUGCAGGCAGGGAUAAUUAAAACUGUCUGGUAGACUUA